AGAGCGCGGAGCGCGCAGCUCGGGCCGGAGGGAGGGAGGGAGGGCGGGCGUGGGGAGCGGACUGAGCACCCGGGACGGACAGGCCUGACCGAGGGGUGGAGGCAGGAGGCAGAGGCGCCGCUAUCUCUGUCGGGAAGCGCAACCUCCCCGGGCCCCGCGGGGCCGCGCAGGGGGCGUCCUCCACCCCACACCCGCUCCCUCUCCCCAUCCCCUGCCACUCGCAGGCCACCCCGGGGCCCGGCCAUCCGCGAGCGCAUCCUCGAGCUCGGACCUGUCCCUGGCCCUCGAAGGGGCCGCCGCUCUCCUCGCCGCCUCUGCAGCGGCCGCGCCAGAGGCUGCCCGGGCGGGACCCCGGCGUGAGCAUCGGGCGCCCCCCUCGGAGUGCACGACCCCCGGAGCCGCCCUCAACACGGACCGCGCCCGCCGGGCACACGAGAAUGGUCACUCAGAUACUGGGGGCCAUGGAGUCUCAGGUGGGGGGGGGCCCGGCCGGCCCGGCCCUGCCCAACGGGCCACUCCUGGGUACCAACGGAGCGACUGAUGACAGCAAGACCAACCUCAUCGUCAACUACCUGCCCCAGAACAUGACCCAGGAUGAGUUCAAGAGUCUGUUCGGCAGCAUCGGGGACAUUGAGUCCUGCAAACUGGUUCGGGACAAGAUCACAGGGCAAAGCCUGGGCUACGGGUUUGUGAACUAUUCUGACCCCAACGACGCAGACAAAGCCAUAAACACCCUCAACGGCCUCAAACUCCAGACCAAGACCAUCAAGGUGUCCUACGCCAGGCCUAGCUCUGCGUCCAUCCGGGACGCUAACCUCUACGUCAGUGGGCUCCCCAAGACCAUGAGCCAGAAAGAAAUGGAGCAGCUCUUCUCGCAAUACGGCCGCAUCAUCACCUCGCGCAUCCUGGUGGACCAGGUCACAGGCGUCUCUCGGGGUGUGGGAUUCAUUCGCUUUGACAAGAGGAUCGAGGCGGAGGAGGCCAUCAAAGGACUGAACGGGCAGAAGCCGCUGGGCGCGGCCGAGCCUAUCACGGUGAAGUUCGCCAACAACCCGAGUCAGAAGACGGGGCAGGCACUGCUCACCCACCUCUACCAGUCCUCGGCCCGGCGCUACGCAGGCCCCCUGCACCACCAGACACAGCGCUUCCGGCUGGACAACCUGCUCAACAUGGCCUACGGAGUCAAGAGUCCCCUGUCGCUCAUCGCCAGGUUCUCUCCGAUCGCCAUCGACGGCAUGAGUGGCCUGGCUGGCGUGGGGCUGUCAGGGGGCGCGGCGGGUGCCGGCUGGUGCAUCUUCGUGUACAACCUGUCGCCCGAGGCAGACGAGAGCGUGCUGUGGCAGCUGUUCGGGCCCUUUGGCGCGGUCACCAAUGUCAAGGUCAUCCGCGAUUUCACCACCAACAAGUGCAAGGGCUUUGGCUUUGUCACCAUGACAAACUACGACGAGGCGGCCAUGGCCAUCGCCAGCCUCAACGGCUACCGCCUGGGCGAGCGCGUGCUGCAGGUGUCGUUCAAGACCAGCAAACAGCACAAGGCCUGAGCUGCCCCUCCCCGCCACCCCUUCCCCGGGCAGCAGAGAGAAAGAGAGAGAAGGGGCCCGAGAGAGACAGCCCAGGCAGGCGGACCCAUCCCUGCGGGAGGCCCGGGGUGAGCGCUGGGCUGGAGGGUCUGCAGGGACAGGGGCGCCGGGGACUCCCAUCCACCCUCCCCGCCCCAUCCCCAGCUGGGCUGUUCACUCUCUCGUCUUGGUUUGGUUCAUGGUGAAGGUUUUUGUUCCUUUUUUUCGGCUAAAAAGAAAGCAGAGACGAGCCCCCCCCCCACCGUUCACCACCCUCCACGGGAUGGCUUGGGGGACACGGGGGACCCUCCCAGGCCCCCCAGCCCGGGCCUCCCUGACAUCUUAGGUGGGUCUGGAGAGAGGGGGAAGGGAACAGGUUUAAAAAUCCCCAAAACUAAAAAAAAAAGCAAAACGUGAAGAGGAGUGUGGGCAUCCCUGGCUCCCAGAACCCCUGGGAGGAAGAAGGGAGCAAGGGGAGGGGAGGGGCUGGAAGCAGAAACAAAAUGGAGAAAAAAAGGGGGGUGGGAGGGGAAGAAAAACUCUAUUUUUGUAAAAAGGGAAAAAGACCUCGUGGAGAAUUUUUACUGGGGAUUCUUGAACUUGAAAAAAAAAAAUCACAAAAAAAGACAAAAAAAAAAACAAAGAAACUAUUUUGGCAGGUUAUGUUUACCAACUGGGGCACGGGCAGGGCUGAGGGGCUGAGGGUCCACAGGGCCACACACGGGGCACAUGCAUACACGCCACGGGGACAGAGACACGGACACGCACAGACACACUUAGGGACACGUUUAGGAACUCACUGGCCAAACCCAGACACGUGGAGGGGGACAAAGCCGAAGGAGACAGAGGUUUGGGGUCACACCAACGUGGACACCGAUGUAGGUGUCCAUGCACACUCCUGGGUGUGUAGACACAGAGCAGGACACCCAGUCACACUGACAGACAACAUGGGCAGGGACACAUGAGCUCACAGCAGCCCGCAGCCCGGCUCCCGGGGGCACCGUCAGGUCCCACGCCCCAGCCCUUCCCUGGACCGUCGGGGUCUCCCUGCUGCCCACCAACACAGGCAUGCAACACGGCGUCCUGCACCCAGACACAUGAUACCUCGUUCCACUUCGGCGUCACGGGGGCUGGAGGCAGUCCCCCGCCCCCCACAACACUCAAGGCCAAAGGACUCCCUGUCCCCUGAGCCUCCUCCUCCCACCAGGGCAGGGCUCCCCAGCAGCAAGUACCUAGCAGCCCCCAUCAGGCCCCAGGUGGCCAGGCCCUACACCCCUUCCCGUCUACUUUGUCACCCCCCUCUUUGGUUUGUUAGGGUUUUUUUGUCUCCAGAUUGGGGAGGGCGGUAAUCACAGCCCUCAUCCGGAUGCCCAGCCCUGGCUUCUGUCUGAAUUUUGGCCCACACCCCUUCUCUUCCCCUACUUUUCAUUGUUUUUUAAGAAAAAUUCCAACAGAAGCCAAAGGCCAGAGCCCUUGGGAGCCCUGGAAGCCCCUCACCCCCUCAGCAGGCCCAAUCAGAACCAAGAAUCGAGAAGCCCCAUCUCGGCCCCAGUGGCCUCUCCUCCCCGCUGUCCUCUGCGUCUGGUGUCUGGCCACGGCCCCAGUAUGAACGUCCGGCUCUCUCUCCCCACCCCUCCCGGUGUUGUUAUUACACGUCUGUGGAGCUUCUGCUGCAAGGAACAAAAAGAAAAAAAAAAUCAAAAAAGCAACAACAAAAAAAGAGAAAAACAAAUAGAAGAGGAAGAAAAAAAAAAGCAACAAAAAAGAAAACAACAACAAAAAAAACCCACACACACAGAAGAGAUUUCAAAAAAAAGAAAAAAAAAAGAGACAUAAACUGGCACCAGUUAACUUUCUUGUACUUUUUUGCUGAAUUUAGCUUCUUGUAGUUUUAACUUAUUGCUAUGUUAACUAUUUAUUAUUCCUGUUGACCUGUAAGGACCUUUGUGUAUAUUUCUGUUACUUCAUCCGGUUUGCAAGUUAAAGGGACUCCAAUGUUCUUUGUUUCUCUAAGUUUUGCUGAGACGUGGUUAUGCCUAAUUUAUUUAUAAAAGGGGAAGUGGAAUCAUUAAAGUAAUAAUAAUUAUUAAUAACAGUCAUGGUAGCCAAGCGGCACUGGGGGGAGCGUGGGUUCCUCAGAGCUGUCCCCCCGCGGGCCAGCGACAUCUAGGGGUGUCAAGGGGGUUCAUUUUGCUCUUGUCUUGAGAAUUUUUUCAGUCCUAUUUAGCUGGUGAAAACCCUAGCUUGUUCAUGAUACACGAAGCUAUUUAUUCUUGUGGUUUUAAGUCCACCCUCCUCUCUCCCCACCCUCUCAGCAGGGCAGGGACCCCCGACUCCCCCCCAGUGGGUCCACCCCUCUUUCCCUGCUGUUUCUGGGCCUUUCUCCCCGCCGCCCUCCACAUAGAGCAAUAAGGGCUGGGUUCGUCCCCCACCCUGGGGGGGGCCGGGCUUGGAGAGGGGACGCCUCCCCACACGCCCUCCCGAGGCCUAGGCCCCUGCCACCCCCAACUUGGGAGGGGACCUCUUUUUCUAAAACAGAGCUCAGCCCAGCCAGGCCCCCUCCCUGAAGGCCGCCCCCGCCCCAGGGGCCAGGCCAAGGGCUCCCUGCGAGGGGACCUCAGGCUUCCACCUCCCUGGGGGGCGGGGACAGGGCCAGCAGGGAGGGGGCUCAGCCCCUCCAACCCUCCCUUCAUCCUGUAAUUUAUUCAGAAGGUUUCAAAUCACAACAGAGUCCAUGUUGGAGGUGAUAAAGAACUGUUAAAAAAAAAAAAAAAAAAAAAAAAAAAAAAAAAAAGAACAAAAAAUCGACCCAACGGAGAACAUUUUGCGUUGCGUUUAGACUAUUUAUUACCAGGGUUCCUGGCCUGGCCGCGGUAACAGACUUUUACAUGGAAUUGUUUAAUUAUUUGUACUUUUCAUGCCAGAAAAUAAAAGUUCAGAAUCUUA